CUCACGCUACUCAUGGCAGCGACCGUACUGCAGCAUGUGAUGUGCUACUGCAGAGGAUCCUAACCCCUGCAUACGGGCAGGUUGCGUGCGUGGAGCCAGCAGCCACCGGCCGCAUACCUUCCCCCAAUAAAUCCGCCACGACGGCACGCAGGCGAAAAAUCUGGAGUUUUGCUUCUCCUAGUCGUCGCCUCGUCGGAGCCCAGCAAGACUGCUGGAGUAGUGGCUAGCGGCCGGCGCGCAGAGAGAGCGAGAGAGAGACAGAGGAGAGAGAGAGGGGAUGGGGACGGAGCCGACGAUGCUGCAGCGGUGGUCGUCGUCGAUGUGGGGGAUGAGCGGCGGCGACCGGCUGCGGCUGUGGGAGGACAAGGCGUGGCGGGCGCACGCGGCCAUGGCCUUCACGCAGCUCGCCUACGGCGGCUACCACGUCCUCACCAAGUCCGUCCUCAACGUCGGCAUGAACCAGAUCGUCUUCUGCGUCUACCGCGACCUCGUCGCGCUCGCCCUCCUCGCCCCCGCCGCCUACUUCCGAGAGAGGAGGGUGCGGCGCCCCGUCACCCCGCAGCUGCUCGGCUCCUUCGCGCUCCUUGGAUUCACCGGGAUCUUCGGGAACCAGCUCCUCUUCCUGCUCGGCCUCGGCUUCACCAACGCCUCCUACGCCGCCGCGUUCCAGCCCGCCAUACCCGUCUUCACCUUCCUCCUCGCCGCAAUCGUCGGUGUCGAAGUCAUCCACGUCUUCACCAGAGACGGCGUCUUCAAGGUCGUCGGCACGGCCGUGUGCGUCUUCGGCGCCCUCCUCAUGGUCUUCUACCGAGGCCCCUCCCUGAUCGGCCUCGGAGGCGCCAAUGCGCUGGCCGGCGCCGACGCGUCAUGGAGCGGCAGUUCCUAUCCUGCUCAGUGGCUGACGCCAGCCGUGCUCCAGUUCAGUUUUGGAACCUGGAACCUUGGUGUCCUGUGCCUCUUAGGCAACUGCUUCCUCAUGGGGGCUUAUCUUGUCAUACAGGCCCCGGUGUUAGUAAAAUAUCCUGCGAGCUUAUCCUUGACAGCCUACUCUUACUCAUUUGCCACCAUCUUCAUGGUGUUGACUGGGGUUUUUGCAACCAACGGGCUCCAUGAGUGGGCGCUGACAGGGACAGAAAUCAUAGCCGUUCUAUAUGCUGGAGUUGUUGCGUCUUGUCUCAACUACGCAAUCAUGACUUGGGCGAACAAAAUUCUUGGACCAUCUCUGGUCGCCCUCUACAAUCCGCUCCAACCAGCAUGCUCUACCAUCCUCUCAACUAUUUUUCUUGGUACCCCAAUCUAUCUAGGAAGCCUCAUUGGAGGAGUCUUCAUCAUUGCUGGUCUAUACCUGGUUACUUGGGCCCGUUACAAUGAGGCGCAGAGAAUACUGAUGUCUGGUUAUCUGAAUCCUCUUCUUGUGGAGGUGGAGGAUGCGCCAGCUCCCAAGAGACAGGAAAAUUCCAGCUCAAUUGAUCCCUGAUACUCAGACGAAGACUCCACUGUGUUUUUUUUCCAGAACAGCAGCAGCAGAAUUACGUUGUAUAUUAGUAUCAGAAAGCUUGUAGUUACCUUCUCUACCAUUGGAUUAAGUUGCAUCAUUAAGGCUCAUACCCAAAUACCCUCGACAUAAGCUGGAAUGGAAAUGUGUCGCAAUUAUCGUUCUCCUAGCAGCCGCGGAAGAUGCUACUGGCACUGGCUAACAAUGUGCAAUGAUAGUUCAGUUUCAGCAGUUGUCUUCACGGGUCAAGGAACAGCUUCAGUGAUCAAAGCAGCCUCUAUUACUGCCUGGGAACCGACGCUGCAAUACAGUAUAAGCCAAACUGUUCUUCUGUUAUGAUUUCCAAUUUCCGUCAUGCCAUACUUGCGAAGCAAUUAUGUCUGGAGCUCAGUGCAUAAGUUGGAAAAAUCAAAGUAGGAGCUCCAAAUUCUUUGGCACAUCAGGCCGCUUGAGUGUUCUUACUUUGCUUCUGUUGUAUGUGCCUCCCUCUUAUGUAAAUUGUUGGCACGGUUACAAAACCAUCUUGUGUCGCCCAACUUAUGUUUUAGGGUAUGUUUAGUUUGUGCCCAAGGUUGCCCCACCAAAGCAUUGGCUGGUUGAGGUUUUGGUUGCCCAUGAUUUGGCAACAUUGGUAAGAAAAAUGAACUAGAGUUGGCUAGAGUUCAUUUGGCAUGCCAAAAAUUUGGCAACCAUCCAAACAAAGACCAAUCUUUGGGUCCAAAAUUUUGAUAAGGUGCACUUUGGCCACAAUCCAAACACACCCUUACUCCCUUCGUCACUAUUAUGAGAUGUUCCAACUUUUUUCUGAUUCA